UAGUAAAUAAAUAUCGAAGCCUGAAUUUAAAUCAGCACAUCCUCCUCAGCAAUUCAGGUUAAUCAAAUUUUCCGGCUUAAUUUAAUCGGACUGCAGAAUCGCCGAAUAACGGGUUGAUUUAUAUCUUCACCAGCCUUCGAUAACAUGGACCAUUUCAACUUUCAUGAUGAGAAGGCAGAGAGCAGAUUGUAUGUUGGUAACCUUGAUCUCAGGAUAACAGAGGCAGCUCUAAUCAAGAUGUUUUCUCCAUUUGGAAAAAUUGUAUCCGAAGACUACCUAUGGCAUACUUGUGGCCCUAAGCGCGGAGAGCCACGGGGUUAUGCUUUCAUCCAGUUCAGCUCUAAAGAGGAAGCUAUUCGGGCCAAGGAGGAGAUGCACGGAAGAAUGGCUUGUGGACGCCCAUUAGUUGUUCGUCUUGCCAGUGAGAAAUACCCAGACGGUGCAGUUAAUCAUUCCAAGACCAGUGAAGGGAGCAGGUCCCUUCUCUCUGGCGGUAGUGGCAGACAAACUAGCCGGAGUGCUAAGAUAGCCGCGAUCAAGAACAAACUGAAGGCGAUUGAUGAAGAAGGCCAUAGAACCUCAAAAAAGCAGAAGCAAAGCGAUGAGCAUUGCAUCAGUGUCGGGAAGCCUCAUCAAAGAUGAAGCCUUUUUGUGUUGUACUAUCGUCGGGAGCAAGAUGCAGCGGUUUCUGUAUUGUCUCUACUGUAAUUUUAUUGGAACUUGCAAUGAAGACACCGAUUUUAUUAUC